AGGCGAGAUGCCUGUGUCCAACGAUCACUGGGUGGCUGAGGAAUCAAGGUUGUUCAAGCAAGCGCAUGUUUCGGCUGGUAUUGACUUCAAGAAAUACGACGACAUCGAGGUAAAGACCCAUGGAGGAUCGAGGGAGGAGACUCCGAUUGAGACGUUUCAGGAGGCAUGUGACCGCUUUUCUUUACCCGAUGAGCUAACUGCCAACAUCGAUCGUUGCAACUACAACGUUCCAACUCCUGUGCAGAAGCACAGCAUUCCUGCAGUGCUGGAUGGAAGUGAUGUGCUUGUCACUGCCCAGACGGGAAGCGGCAAAACAGCGGCAUUUUUGGUCCCGAUCAUCACCGCAGCUCUGAAAGCUGGACGCAAGCCCCCUCAGGAGGGUGCAGUGUGUCCCACCAGCGUCGUCUUGUCGCCCACACGUGAGCUCUGCCAGCAGAUUACGGUCGAAGCUGAAAGGUUGACCUUCCGCUCUGGUGCACGUGUCUGUGCUAUCUAUGGUGGAGCAGAUGCCAUUCCACAGCUGCGAAAGUUUGCAGGGGGCAUCGAGAUUGUGGUUUGUACUCCUGGCCGACUUGAGGAUUUCCUGCAACGUGGCGUAAUGAGCAUGGAAGAGGUGAAAUUUUUGGCGCUCGACGAAGCUGACCGCAUGCUGGACAUGGGUUUUGAGCCACAGAUUCGUGAGAUCAUCGAGAACCAUGGGAUGCCUCAGGCUGGGAAAGGUCGACAGACAAUGAUGUUUUCGGCCACUUUUCCCAAAGAAAUCCAAACCUUGGCGAUGGACUUCCUCGAUCCAAAGUACUACAGCAUCUCAGUAGGCCGAGUGGGUAGUACGACGAGCAGCGUGGAGCAGCGUUUUGAGGACUUGAGCUACGGCGACAAGUUUGAUCAGCUCCUCCAGACGUUGAAACAGGUGAAAGGUCAGAAUGGUCCAGCGAAGACCAUCGUCUUCGCCAACUCCAAGGGCAUGGUUGAUGACGUCACGUAUCAGCUGCAGAACAGCCGCAUCCGUUGUACCAGUAUGCAUGGAGGCGUGAGCCAGAGCCAGCGAGAUCGUGCCCUGCGCGAUCUGAAGACUGGCCGUGCUCAUGUCUUGGUGGCCACAGAUGUGGCUGCACGUGGCUUGGAUUUGCCUGGCAUUGACCAUGUGAUCAACUACGACCUUCCCUUGAACGGAGAAGACUACGUGCACCGCGUUGGUCGAACAGGUCGUAUCGGCAACAAGGGUGUGGCCACGUCCUUUGUAACGAGGGUUGAACCAGCCCUGCAGGACAUUGUACGAUCCUUGAGGGAUGCGAGGAAACAAGACAAGACUGCGUCAGAGGUGCCUGGUUGGAUGCAGGAGAUGGCCAUGUCCAGCGCUCGUGGCCGUUCCCAGUCUCGGGGCCGUGGCUACAGAGGUGGAAGUCGUGAGAGCUACGGCGGUCGCAGCAAUAGCUAUGGAGGCUAUCGAAAUUCCUCCCGAGGGUUCCGCGGCCGGGACUCGUGGGACCGCGACGACCGUGACAGCCGCGACAGCCGCGACUUCGGCCGGGACCGCGACUACGGGCGCCGCCCCCGCGACUUCCAACGGAGCUUCCGCGACGACGACGACGAUCUCUUCGACGGCGGCUUCCGUAACGGCUUUCGCAGAUCUCGGAGCACUGAUGAUGACUACAACUAUGGCAAUGCCAACGAGUACGGCAGAAGCAGGGGUUUCAGCAGCUACCCAAAAGCUGUGCCAAUGAAUGGCCCGUGAGCUGUGGCAGUCUCCAGAAAUCCUGGAAGCUGCACAGAAUCCUUUUUUUUUUCCGACAGCGCAUGAUUGCUCUCAAAUCUUCAAGAAAACCUGGUGAUUUUAGAAGAUUGAAAUGAUAUGACAUGAAUGUGGGACAGUACAGGAUUGUGGGGUCUAA